CUCCCUGUUUGAGCUGCAUGGGGGUCCCUCUGGGUGUAGGGCCCAGGCCAAGGGACACAGGAACAGGGUGUGGGGGCCAUUUAGAGCUCCCCGAGGCACUGUCCCCGUAUUGAGUCCCUCGGAAGCCCCGCGUGACUCCGUAAGGGGUCGAAGAGUGGCGGUCCAUUCGGCAAGGGCGGCUGGGCCCAGGUCACGGCGCGCGCGGCCCCGGCGAGGCCCGCCUCAGGUCUGGCCGCCAACGGCACACGGAGGCUGGGAUCGCAGGCUUGUGCGCCUGAGCGCGGCCGCCAGAUGGCGGAGGCCGCGGCGGCUCCUGGGGCCCGGAAGCGCCGCCACCACGGGCCCCGCGCUGAGCCUGGCGCCCUGUCCCGACGCCGCGCGCACUGUCGCGAUCCGGCGGCGGGUGACGUGGCGGGGGCGGGGCCUGAGCAGCCGCGGCGGCCUUGGCGGCAGCGCGACUCAGCAUCCUGGCGGCGCCUGGCCCCGCGAGAUUAAAUGGCCAAGACAGACAACUGGAAUUAGGCCUCGCUGUGGAAGACGUCAUUUUUCUUCUCAGUUCCUGACUAUUUAUGAUGAGGCGGCUUAUGAAAGUGUGAUGUUUUCUUAUUUCCUCACAGGAGCUUGGAAGAUGGGAUGGAAACUUGUUAGAAAGCUGCAUUGUGUCCUUAUGAGUGACGUUUAGCACUAGUGUUUUGAAACAGGAACUUCCGGGGUUCCCUGAAUGAUUAAUGGAAAUUGUCUCUGUUGUGAGACUUGAGGAGCCAAAGCAGAGUUUUUCCCGGUUGGAAAGCUGUCUCCCACGGAUGAUCCGCCCCUAUCUCCUGCAUGGAGGCCACAAUAAACACAAGUGUGAAGGAAACAUUUGCCACAGAAGCCAGGGAGCUGGAGAGCCCAAGGCCCACCUACCAUCUAAUUCCUGAGGCUAGCCAGCCUACGGAGGAAGAAGACGUCAGCAUGCAACCUCAGGGGACUGCAGAAACUAUGCAGCUAAAGAAGGAGAUCUCUCUGCUGAAUGGGGUCAGCCUGGUGGUGGGCAACAUGAUCGGCUCAGGAAUCUUUGUCUCGCCCAAGGGUGUGCUGGUAUACACUGCCUCCUAUGGAUUGUCGCUAGUCAUAUGGGCCAUUGGUGGACUUUUCUCCGUUGUGGGUGCCCUUUGCUAUGCGGAGCUGGGGACCACCAUCACCAAGUCUGGGGCCAGCUAUGCUUAUAUUCUAGAGGCCUUUGGGGGCUUCAUUGCCUUCAUCCGCCUAUGGGCCUCCCUUCUAAUUGUUGAGCCCACCAGUCAGGCCAUCAUUGCCAUCACCUUUGCCAACUACAUCAUCCAGCCCUCCUUCCCCACCUGUGAUCCCCCGUACCUGGCCUGCCGUCUCCUUGCUGCUGCUUGCAUAUGUCUGCUGACAUUUGUCAACUGUGCCUAUGUCAAGUGGGGUACACGUGUGCAAGACACGUUCACUUACGCCAAGGUCCUAGCGCUCAUUGCCAUCAUUGUCAUGGGCCUUGUUAAAUUGUGCCAGGGACACUCUGAGCACUUGCAGGAUGCCUUUGAGGGUUCCUCCUGGGACAUGGGAGACCUCUCUCUCGCCCUCUACUCUGCCCUCUUCUCUUACUCAGGUUGGGACACCCUUAAUUUUGUAACAGAAGAAAUCAAAAACCCAGAAAGAAAUUUGCCCCUGGCCAUUGGGAUUUCUAUGCCAAUUGUGACGCUCAUCUACAUCCUGACCAAUGUGGCCUAUUACACAGUGCUGAGCAUUUCAGACGUCCUUGGCAGUGAUGCUGUGGCUGUGACAUUUGCUGACCAGACAUUUGGCAUGUUCAGCUGGACCAUUCCCAUUGCUGUUGCCCUGUCCUGCUUUGGGGGCCUCAAUGCGUCCAUCUUUGCUUCAUCAAGGUUGUUCUUCGUGGGCUCCCGUGAGGGUCACCUCCCAGACCUUCUGUCCAUGAUCCACACUGAGCGUUUUACACCCAUCCCUGCUUUACUGUUCAAUUGCACCAUGACACUCAUCUACCUCACUGUGGAGGAUGUUUUCCUGCUCAUCAACUACUUCAGCUUCAGCUACUGGUUCUUCGUGGGCCUGUCUGUUGCUGGACAGCUCUACCUUCGCUGGAGGGAGCCCAAGUGGCCCCGGCCGCUUAAGCUGAGCCUGUUUUUUCCCAUCGUGUUCUGCAUGUGCUCCUUGUUUCUGGUGAUUGUGCCCCUCUUCAGUGACACCAUCAAUUCCCUCAUUGGCAUCGGGAUCGCCCUCUCUGGGGUCCCUGUCUACUUCCUCGGUGUUCACCUGCCAGAGUCUCGGAGGCCUCUCUUUAUUCGGAAUGUCCUGGCUGCUAUCACCAAAGUCACCCAGAAACUCUGCUUUUGCGUCCUGACAGAGCUAGAUGUAGCUGAAGAGAUAAAGGUUGAGAGGAAAACUGACUAGAGGCAGAGGUGACACCUGCCGAGGCCUGAACAUUGGCUGGCUGUGGCUAUGGCCACCGAAGUCCGGAUGACGAGACUAUGGGCCCAACCUCUUAUACUAAACGAACCUGUUGGUCGGUAUUAUGUAAGGGGCUCAGGGCUGAGGCCUGCUCAGGUGGUCACUGUCAUUGGUAAGCCCUGGGAGGAGACUCAUGGUCUGGGGCCCACCUAAAGAUGGAGACCUCAGAGGGUGGGGAGGGCUUGGGGAGCAUGGGAAUGAUUGUUUUGUACCUGGUAGGUGCAGCCCUUAUAGACACUUUGUGAGCUGCACUGGGCUAAGAGGGAGUGGUAGGGUAAUAGCUGUGGCUGGUGGUUUCUGAAUUGGAUAUUCGUGGUUUGAAUCAGGAGUCUCCACAAAGGGGCUACUUUAUGGGAAGUUUUCCUCUGUCUAGUUCCAAGUACCUGACUUCAUAUACCUGAAAUGCUACCAUUUCUUCCAGAUUCAAAAUCCUCCCCUGGGAAGGCAGUUGUAUUCCAUAAUUUAUCGAUAUUAUUUCAUCCAGAACCCCAUUCUGAGGAAAGCAUUGGUGUUCAUUCAUCUACAGGAUGCAAUAGGCUGAUUGUGUUUCAGAUUCAAAACAAAGCAUGCAAAAUAAUGAGUCCCUCUGCAUUUAAAGGUGUCUCUGUGCGGCUGUGGGUCAGACUCUGACCACAAAUUUUUUUCAUCAGUUUAGCACAAUCUCUUGUUGAGUCUUACCUGCAAAGGUGAACUUUAAAGAUUUUUAAAACUCAUAUACUGGUUAUACUUUAGUAGACAGGUCACAUGUUAUAAGCUCCUAGCUCAAGUUUAGCAAGGACAAAUGAACAAUCAAUUCAUGAGCCAGAAGUUUGGUAAUACUGUUAUUUUGAAGGAUAAUCCUUUAUUUUACUUGAGUCCUUAGGUCUUUGUUCUAGUUGAUAAAGUACAUCUCUGGAUUGCUGGUAUGAACUUUAAGAGGACAGAGAACUAUUUUAGAAUUCAGGUGGAUCACCUGAAUUCUUUCAGCUUUCAGUGACUUUGAGGCCAUCUCAUGGACCCAAGCCACCAAAUAGCAUGUUAUGUUUCUCUCUCUCUCUAAGGGCCAGUGUGAGGGACUGCUGUGCAGACCCACCCAAGCCCACGUUGGUGCUAUAAGUGGUCGUUUCCUUUUUCUGACAACCUCAUACCAAGCUGCAUCCUUCUCUUCUGUCCCUGACGCCAGGCUGUUUACGCUUUGAGCUGCCUUGGUGUGGAUCAUCAAGAUAAUGCACUCCUCUCAUACCUGCCUCCCUUUGCCCGAGGUCUGGGGGGGCUAGUCUCAGGAAGAGAUUGGUACUUGUGGGGACUUCUAUUUUCUCCCUGUGGAGAUCAAUGGAGACUCUGGGAAAAAAACUGUUUCAACCUCAAUCUGGCUACUCAGCAGACCGCGUGAUUAGAAGCAAUUAGUUCUGGUGCUCAGGCUUCCCUUUAGCACCCAGGUCAGGCCCGAACAGUAGGUUUGGCCUAAUGAAUGUGCUUUCAUGGGCAACAUGGCUGCAAUGGAUUGUACAACUGUCCUGAGAUGUCUCCAGACUCUGUCAUCCUGGGCCCAGAAGAACGUGAUGACUUGGCAUGCCUCAUGGGCCUCUUGUCUUAGGUCUUAGAAUUGGUCAACGGUAAGACAAAAACUAUGAGGCAAUCUCCCUUUUUGACCAAGUUCUUCUCCAUCAAAC